AUGGAAAUUAUGAAGAAUCAAUGGCUAUUGGUAGCCCUGGCUGUGUUCUGCGGCUUAGCGGAAGAAGUAGAGUGCUAUUAUAAAUCUCGGAUGCCCAAUGGCUUUAGCAUUUCUCCAGCAGGAAAAGAUCAAUUUCAACCGAUUCUCCUCAGUCCAAGUGGAGAUUUUGCCUUGGGAUUUUACAGAGUCGAGAAAGAUCAUUUUCUUCUCUCUGUUGCAUUCCUGCUAGGAAAAGAUGAAACCAAAAUAAAUGCAACGGAUAUCGUAUGGAGCGCCAACGCAACUAACACUGUGAGAGAAAACUCCGAAUUCAUGCAAGAUGCGAGCGGUAGCGUUGCUCUACUAGACGAGCGGGGAAUCGCUGUGUGGCGCGUACAGGCGGCGCCGGCGCCGGCGGUGGUGGCGCUCUUAGAUUCUGGAAAUCUGCAAGUGAAGACGGAGGCGGCUGUGGAAUGGCAGAGCUUCGAUUAUCCGACAGAUACUCUGCUUGAGGCCCAAAAUUUCACGGCGUCGAUGAGGGUGGUGGCGGCGGGGGAAGAUUAUACCCUGCAAAUGGAGGCGGCGGGCAUGGCGCUGACGUGGAAAUCCGGGCAGGUGUACUGGAGGAGAAAAGCGAUGCAGGAGAAGGCGCUCAUAAUUCCGGAAAAAGGACCAAUUUACGCCCGCCUGGAAAGCGACGGAUAUAUUGCCAUGUACCAGUCGGAAUCUCAGUUAGUCGACGUCAAUCCGCUUGACACGUAUCACCAGAAGCUACGUGUCAGAAGACGACUCAAGCUCGAGGCCGACGGAAAUCUACGGGCUUAUUACUGGCGUGAUGAAAAGCGGUUCUGGGAAGUUGAUUUCCAGGCUUUGGAGACCCCAUGCCAGCUGCCCUCCACGUGUGGGCCGUAUGCUAUCUGUGGUCGCGAUACCGGCUGCACGUGCCUCUCCGCUGGCGGCGCCGCCGGUUGUUUGAAGGCCAUGGAUUCUGCACUCUUUUGCUCACAGACCACAGCUUUGGUAAGAAUAACAGGCGUGGAUCUGCCUUACAGUGAGUUUGCCCCUUUCGUUAGGGUGGACUCUGAACAGGGUUGCAUGGAUUUGUGCGGCGGCACGUGUGGCUGCUCCGCCGCUUUGUUUUACAAUGACUCGAAGCGGUGUUACCAGGUGCCUGCCCCUCUGCCCACUCUGGUUCAGCAGCCCACUCAAGAUAAGGUUGCUUUCAUCAAAUUCCUCAACACAACUAAUAAUGAAAGAAGGUCGAGAUGUAGAAGUUCAAAGUGUAAGGCUGUGUUGAUAUUAGGAUGUUUGGCAGUUGUGGUGGGCGGAUUGGCGGCACUAGGGGCUUGUGUGAUGGCCAUUUGGGGUUGUAAGUUGCAGGAGGGGAAGAGGGAGAUUUAUAUCGCCAUGUCAGAGAAAUUUAUGGCUGCCUUACCUUACAAGAAUCUUAACAAGGAUGAGGCAGCCUAG